CUCAUUUGAGAGUUUGAGACUAGGUUAAAUUUAGAACUGUAAUUUAUGUGUUAAUUUUAAAAUUCUAAACUGAUUUCUCCCAAACAUCUGUACACUUUUAGGCCAUCUCUCCUUGCAUGGUUUUUUUGUUUAGUUCAGACAAACUCUAUAUUGAAGAACAUUUACGGGAAUAUAUAGAGCCUUAUAAAAUUUAAAAAAUGAAACAUGAUUUUAAAAAGUAUUCCGUCUUCUAGAUUUUCACUGCUCUGACUUGCCUCUGUUAAUGAGAGUAAUCAAGAGAUUUCUAUCCCCUCUCCCAUUCAGUCAGUGUAGGGUAAAUUAUUCUGCCUUAGGUCUCCAGAAUUCCAUUACAAAUGAACAGACUAGUAAAUCUCAUUUCUUAUUUCCUUCAAGGUAUUGCGCAGCGAUGCACAGCCAUCAAGUACCACUUUUCUCAGCCAAUCCGCUUACGAAACAUUCCUUUCAAUUUAACCAAGACAAUUCAGCAAGAUGAAUGGCAUCUGCUUCAUUUGAGAAGAAUCACUGCCGGCUUCCUGGGCAUGGCGGUCGCCGUCCUGCUGUGCGGCUGCAUCGUGGCCACUGUCAGCUUCUUCUGGGAGGAGAGCCUGACCCAGCACGUGGCCGGCCUCCUGUUCCUCAUGACAGGGAUCUUUUGCACCAUUUCCCUCUGCACGUAUGCUGCCAGUAUCUCUUAUGAUCUGAACCGGCUCCCGAAGCUAAUUUAUAGCCUGCCUGAUGAUGUGGAACACGGCUACAGCUGGUCUAUCUUUUGCGCCUGGUGCAGUUUAGGUUUUAUUGUGGCGGCUGGAGGUCUCUGCAUCGCUUAUCCGUUUAUUAGCCGGACCAAGAUUGCACAUCUAAAGUCUGGCAGAGACUCCACGGUAUGACUGUCUGCCCUCAAAGGCCAGGAUGGUGCGGGCAACUCCUAAGGGGAGAGGAGCGGAGUUCCCAUCAGGAUUCCAAGCACAAAGCCGUCUCUUACAUUCCAACCUGUUGCCUGCAGCCCUUUCUGGAUGACUGAUUGAAAAUCAUGCAAAACCUCCCAACCUUUCUAAGGACAAGACUACUGUGGAUUCAAGUGCUUUAAUGACUAUGCUCUGACUGUGAGAAAUAGCGGACAGUGUGCCAUUGAACAUUUCUAGGUGUGGAAGAAGAACUACGAUGGAAAAUAAUUUGUAUGCUUUCCAUGUACUUCAGAAAGUUUGUAUAUAACAAUGACCUGAGAGUCAUUUCUAUUUGCAAACGGAUUCCUAACAAAGCGAGUAUAAUUUUCUUGUCACUGUUCCAUGCUCGUUAGUUUAAUGCAGCAUCUUCAGAACUUGUCCUAAUGGUGUCUCGUUGGGUCAGCCCCCGAUAUUUGUGCAUUAUUUGUGGAUGUUCCUUGUCACAGGGGGAUUCUUCUUCUGUUGCCUUAUUAUUACUUUUUAAUUGAAAUCUCUUCUCUGUCUUUGUACCUGGAUGGAAAUCAUAAGGGAAACAGAUCAACCGUGUAAGAGCUAAUCCGUGACACUAUGCAGUAUUGUUUGAAGUCCUGUCUGUUAUUCAGCCCCUGUCUCUUUAUGUUAACUGGAUUUCUGCAUUAAAUGACUGCCCCCUUGUUAA